AUGCUUUUGGCCCUGACGCUUGCCAUUUCCCUACUGCAGCUGCACGACACGCCGUGGCUCCACGAGAGCUGGUCAAAGGAAGGAAUCCAGUUUAUGAAGACACCAGGUGCAAAGGGAGAAGGCGUGUCAGCGCUGGACGUUGAUUUCACCAAACCACUGAUCUCCCGCGAGUUUUUUUCCCCUUCGCACGAUUCAGCAAAACACCUGCGGCCUAAGGAGGCCCUCCUCGAGCUUGGGAUCAUGCUUCUCGAACUCUGGCACGAGAAGACAAUUGAGGACUAA